AUGACAACAGCAAGAAAGGUGAACGAUUGGACUGGUUUUGCUAAAUUACGAAAUGAAGCUAGCAGUACAAUUGAAGCUGCCAUGUGCUAUCAUUGCAAAAAAAUUUUUCAGAUGUAUAGUCAAGAGUUAUUCAUCAGCCACAGGAAUCAAUGCAACCAACAGAUUAAUGAUAGCACAUCCCAAGGCGUUUCAAAUUCUUCCAACGACAAGAGUCUGGAAUAUUCCGAUUUUCCUGACAAUUCUGAUGUACAAAAAGUGACAGCAGCACUGCAUGUACUACUGGCAAAAUUUUUCGUUACGGCCAAUAUACCAUUCAAACAAGUCGAAAACAAACACUUUUUAAAUUUCAUUAAAGGAUUGAUUAAAUCUAAGAUCAACUAUGAACCUCCAUGCAGGGAAACUCUUGCUACAACGAUAUUUAAAAAGUUGCAUGAAAAGGUGGAAAAGGAAAAAAAAAUUCAGCUCCAAAAUACCGAGAGCGUAUUACUUGUGGAUGGAUGGCGCAAUAAGAGUACAAACCAAAAGUACUUGUUUUUCACUCUGCGCAAUGUGAACGUUCAGCAAACGUUUUUAAAUUAUUUCGAGUACCUUAUGGACGAUGAGGAUGACGAAAAUGUUUCCACACAAAUUAAUCGGGCCAUAAUGGAAGCAAAGGAAAAGUACAGCGCUCAUGUUUACGCUAUAGUUACGGAAAAUGACUCCGAACUAGUUAGAAGUGCCAGAAUGAUACACUCGUUGAACCAUAAACUGUUGAUACAAUCGACGUGUGCAAGCGACAGUGGUUAUUUGCUUAUCAAAUCAUUCGAGGAUGAUUAUCUGGUUGCGAUGAUCCGAGAAAUAUUCGAUGCCUUCAAGCCAGAUUCUAAAAUAGAGGCUCUCUUAUUAAAAGAAGGUGGAACGCGCCUUAAAGCCCUACCAGAAACACAUUGGCGUUUUCUUCGCGAUAGUUGUUUCCAUCUAUUAGAAAACUUGGAAGUUUUGAAAAACAUCUGUGAUAUAGGUGAAAUUGAUUUACGCCCCGAUGUGAUCGAAUGCAUAAAUAGCCUGGACUUUGAAAACACUUUGAUCGAACUUUUAAACAACUUGGAUCCAUUAUGUGAACUUAUCAGUAAAUGUCGAGACCCAAAAUGUAAUGUUGCUGAUGUAGCUGAAUACUGGCUAUCAUUUAAAUUACCCACCAGCCAGUAUGAUGACAUUAUUACUGCGAGAAAAGACAAAGCUAUAUGGCCAGUCGGCUAUGCUGCAAAUCUACUUCAUCACAAAUACGAAGGAAAAUUGUUAGAUAAAGCACAGAAAUUAGUUGCAACGGACUUUUUAAAGGAAGAAAUGGACGCAUUGGUGUUUGAAGAAUACAGAAAUUACGAAUUGACUAAAGAAGACUACAAGUUUUACGCAGAUAAUUGUAAUGACCCUGUUGCAUACUGGAAAUUAGUUGGUAUGACGUUACCAGAUUUAUCAAAGUUCGUUGUGAAAAUUAUGUUGCUACCCGCCUCAACAGCACUUAUUGACUCGUUAUUUUCUAAUUGGACCUAUGUUCAUGAUGCAUGUAAAGAUCGGCUUAAUGGUGAACAUUCCCCAAAGCUAGUUGAUGUAUACUACUCUUUAAUGCGUGAUUUGUCUAUUCAAUAAUUUUUGGAUGAAAUUUUAAUGGUACAUGUUGUAAUAAUAAUAAUUGUUUUUACAAAUAAUACAUCUUUAAGUUACAUUAAAAAAAAAAAAAGUUUUAAUUGUAAUUGGCACUAAUUUUAUAUGCUAAAUUUGUUACUAUUUUUUCAACUUAAUUUUUUAAAUUUUAUACCUUCUAGUAAAUAUUUCUAGCAUACAAAUUACAAAUUCGAGUGAGAUUUUCA